CAAGAAGAAGAAGGGUUUCCCGGAAACAACAUGGUUGUUUUGGUAUCCGGUAGUACAGUAGUCAUCUGUCAAAAGAUUAGGCGAAACUUUAAAUAGACAGUUUUGGCAACAGGAUUAAGGACGCUCGUUAGUAUGUUGAGUCAGAGUCGAUGAAGCGAACUGUGUUUCGAGUGAAAGGUAGACAUUUAGUCAAUUUGGCGAACCACGGUAGCUAGCUAGCUAGCUAGUUAGUUAGCUAGUUAGCUUGUCACUCUGUCAACAGCUGUGUUCAGCAUGGACUGCACGGCGCUGGAGCUCGAUGCUGUCAAAUUUGCCAAAACAGCUGUCACCUAUGACCAGAGCGGCAAAUAUAACGAGGCUGUAUUUUAUUAUAAGGAAGCAGCCCAGGCCCUGAUAUAUGCUGGCAUGGCAGGGUCUAAACUGGAGGGGAUCCAGGACAAAGUGAACGAGUACUUGGAUCGAGUCCAAGCCCUCCACAAUGCUGUCCAGGCCCAGAAGAGCGACCCGCUGAAGUCCCGGCAGCAUGUGGACCUGGAGCGAGCCCACUUCCUGGUCACCCAGGCUUUCGAGGAAGACGAGAAGGGAAAUGAUGACGAAGCCAUAGAGCUGUACACCCAGGCUGUGGAGCUAUGCAUAACCACGUCCAACGAGACAUCGGACCCGGCGCUGCAGACCAAGCUGAAGCAGCUGGCGCGUCAAGCUUUAGACCGGGCGGAGGGUCUUAAAGAAUCUCAGUCCAAAUCAACUCCAACUCAGGACAAGACGGGGCCUGCUGGAGCCAAGCCCAGCAGUGGGGCCAGUUCUGGGGGACCGGUCCGCCAGUUCUUCCCCCUCGGGCCAGACUUCAGCCUCAAUGACCGACAACAAGCCCAGCCGGUCCGGGCGGUGCAGUCCAGCGAGCCCCAGGGUCAGCGCUACACGUCGGAGGAGAUCGAGGUGCUCAGGAGUACAUCUACAAUCAAUGGAAUAGCCUAUGUGCCCUUCAUGAGUGUGGACCUGAGGGAAAGAUUUGCCUUUCCUGUCCCUUUCUCGGACAAAACAGGGAAACUGGCGCUGUCGCCCAAACAGAAAGCCAUCUUCUCCCGCUGGGUCCGGCCAGACGAGAUCUGCAAUAACCCCACCAUGAUCAUGUCUGUGUCCAGCUUCAGCAUCAAACAGACGGUGGUGUCUGACUGUUCGUUUGUGGCGUCGCUGGCCAUCAGCGCGGCGUACGAGAGGCGCUACAACAAGAAACUCAUCACCAGCGUCAUCUUCCCCCAGAACAGACGAGGGGAACCGGAGUAUAACCCCUGUGGGAAGUACAUGGUCAAGCUUCACAUCAACGGAGUUCCCAGGAAGGUGAUUAUAGACGACUACCUGCCGGUGGAUCAUAACGGGGAGCUGCUGUGCUCCUACUCCAGCAACAGGAACGAGCUCUGGGUCUCCCUGAUAGAGAAGGCCUACAUGAAGGUGAUGGGAGGCUACGACUUCCCCGGCUCCAACUCGAACAUCGAUCUGCACGCGCUCACCGGCUGGAUCCCCGAACGCAUCGCCAUGCACUCAGACAAUCAGUCAUUCAGCAAGGACGACACUUUCCGUAUGCUCUACCAGAGGUUUCACAGGGGUGACGUCCUUGUCACCACGGCAACGGGGGUGAUGACAGAGGAAGAGGGGGAGAAAUGGGGUUUAGUGCCAACACAUGCCUACGCCGUUCUUGACAUCAGGGAUCACAAGGGAAUGCGUUUCCUGCAGCUGAAGAAUCCGUGGAGUCACCUGCGGUGGAAGGGUCGCUACAGCGAGCGCGACGAGAAGAACUGGACACCCGGACUCCUCAAGUACCUCAACUUUGACCCCAAAACAGCACAGAAGUUUGACAAUGGUGUUUUCUGGAUCGCAUGGGAGGACCUUUGUCAGUACUAUGAUGUCAUCUACCUGAGCUGGAACCCCGCCCUGUUCAAAGAGUCCUCCUGUAUUCACAGCAGCUGGGAUGGGAAGCAGGGCCCGGUGAAGGACGUCUACAGUCUGGCCAACAAUCCCCAGUACAAGCUGGAGGUCCAGUGUCCAACGGGGGGGGCUGCUGUGUGGGUGCUGCUCACCAGACACAUCACUGACAAGGACGAUUUUGCACAAAACAGAGAGUUUAUCACUCUUGUUGUUUACAAGACGGAUGGGAAGAAGGUUUACUACCCAGCGGACCCCCCUCCUUACAUCGAUGGCAUCCGCAUCAACAGCCCGCACUACCUGACCAAGAUGAAGCUGACCAGCGCAGGAACACACACCUUCACACUGGUGGUUUCCCAGUACGAGAAGCAGAACACCAUCAACUACACACUGCGGGUGUACUCCGGAUGCAAAUUCUCCUUCUCCAAGAUCCCAAAUCCCUUCACUCAAACCAAAAGGAUCAACGGCCAGUGGAAGGGGCCGAGCGCUGGAGGCUGUGGGAACUAUAAGGACUCCUACAAACACAACCCCAUCUAUCAGAUCAACCUGGAGCGGCCGGGACCGCUGCUCGUCGAGCUCCGAGGAUCCAGGCAGUACAGCGUUGGUUUUGAGAUGGUGACGGUGUCGAUGGUGGGGGAUCCAGGCCCGGCUGCCUUCCAGAAAAAGACCAGUGGAGAUUACAGGUGUGGCUUCUGCUACAUGGAUGUGGACUACGUCCCAGCAGGCCUCUACAAUGUCAUCCCCACCACCUUCCUGCCCAAACAGGAAGGACCCUUCUUCUUGGACUUUGCCAGCACCUCGCCCCUCAAGGUCUCCCAGCUGCAGUGAAAACAGAGCUGCAGCGAGGACGGGGGCUGGGAGAGAGGUACUUGCAAGGGCAUCAUGGGAUGUCGCUGAUCCUGUACUCUGGAUGGGACGAAGGCCUCGAUUAAACACAUUAAAGACCACAGAAUGUCUCACAGCCUCUCCCCACUCCUCUUGCUGAAACCUUUUGCCGGGGACGGAUUGUGGGCUCGACGAUACCGCGCAGUUAUGGUGACGGAAUAAAUUAUUAGUGAGGAAUUAUCAGGAGGAGCUUCAGCUUGGAUUGAAAUCCAUCAACUUUGAAGGUGUUUUGAGACAGAAUAAAUUUUAAAGGACAAAGCAACAUAGCGCUUUUCCAUUACAUGGUACCUGCUCGACUCACCUCGACGAGGGCUGGGCAAUAUAUCGAUGGUGUAUCGAUAUCGCGAUAUGAGACUAGAUAUCAUCUUAUUUUUCAGAUAUAUCGUAAUAUGAUAAGUGUUGUCUUUUCCUGGUUUCAAAGGCUGCAUUACAGUAAAGUGAUGUCAUUUUCUGAACUUAGCUAACUGUUGUAGCUGUUCUAUUAUUUACCUUUACCCACUUUUAUCAUUUCUGGAGAAUAUUUAUCAAAAACAAUAUUGUGUGAAUAACUUUUUCUCAAAGCACCAAUAGUCAACAUUACAAUAUCGACAUCAAGGUAUUUGGUUAAGAAUAUCGUGAUAUUUGAUUUUCUGUAUAUCGCCCAGCCCUAACCUCGACUCUACUCGCCUUUUUUGGUUUUACAUUACGAUAAAAAACGUCCCUGGUACCCGCCAACAGGUCCUUUUUUUUUAUUUUUUAUAAACCUGCAGACUACUGAUUGGUCGGAGAGAAUCGUCACUAAUCACUGCGUCUUCCUUGCUAGCGACAAGUCGGGGGUGUCCUAAACAAUCCUGCCGUGUUUAACCCUUGUAUUGUCCUCACUCCGGGACCCUCUCGUGUCCCUCGGGUCAAACUGACCCGGGACUUAUUUGGGGUUUUAAAAACAAUUCAGAAAUAAAAUUUUACUUCAUAAUCUAUCAACAAAUAUUGUCUUUAUCUUAAUUUUAAACAGCUGAGAUAACAUAUGUUUAGGGAAUGCAUCAGUCUCUACUAGAACACAAUUAAAAAUGGAAUUGGGGUUCGCUUUUUGUCAUAAGCUUAUAAUUCAUGUUAAAAAUCCACUAUGGAAACAACAUAAGUGUCAUAUCCAGAAUAAUUUUUUGAAUUGAGUCAGGAAAACAUGUUUAUCACAGAAAAUAAGGUAAGGACGCUGAUUUCAGGUAGAAAAAAAUUUAACUUGGACCAUUUUUCUUCUUGUAAAAAUUUGAAAUGGGUCGACUUGACGUGAAUUUAAUACAAGGGUUAAACAUAACACUGAUAUAGGGAAAUGGGACAAUUUGACCUGAGGACAACACAAGGGUUAAAUAGUUUAGCCAGCUGUGGGUUUUUUUAGCUUCUUUUGGGACAAAAUUUGGCUUCUCGCUAGUUACGGCCACAUGCCAAGAAUAAAAAGCAACACACCUUUUUCACGCUCUUAGUGUGUGUCGCGUUAGGUCACGGCCGUUUGCUGCUACGACGACCAGCCACGCUCGUCUCACGCGUGAGGCGGUGUUAAAUCUGCGAUGGAAAAUGGAGGACGGGGCAGCGCGCUCGAGCUGAGCAGAGCUGGUACUCGCAGCGGGUCAGCGCCAAUAGUGACAGAGAGCGCAACAGCGUGGUUCCUGAAGGGCAAAUCCCAUUCAUUUUCUCCAUAAGGGUUUUGAUUAUUAGCCAUGAUGGGGCUGGAUGGCUUGUUUCCACGCUGAACACUCUUCAUAUAAGCAUUUAAUGCAACAUCAAUGGAGCAAUUAAACGGGAAAAUCACCCCUGGAACCGAAGCCGUUCAAAAAGCAGGUCUGUAAGAAAGACAGCGUUACUAAGGAGAAUCAACAUCAUUGUUCUGAUCAAACGGUUAAAUCUGGUCUCAUGAGAGAAUAGUGGUCAUGAGACUACAUCCUGGACUGGACAGGGUGCGGAGAUGUAACAGGGUUUUAAAAUGAGCACCGGCCACCAGCUAUGAGCCGCACCAAUUGGCUUCGAAGCGAAAUCUUUUCAGGUUCUGUUUUGCUGCAACCAACGCCUCAAGAACAAUCUAAAUACUUAGUCGUGCUUGGAAUUUCACAAAUGUAUGAAGGCUAUUUGGAGAUUUGUUUUCCUCACAAAGGGAAAUGAAGUUCCUCACAGAACUGGGAGAACAUCUGUCCACGUACUAUUUCAUGGUUCGGGCCCCUUAACUCCAGCUGCAAAAGAUUGUUAUUCUACAGUAUAAAAUUAGAUUAGAGAUCAGUGUUGGGUCAACAGUUGGUGUUUGUCCCUUUCCUGUUACAACACGACUAUGCCCCCAUGCACAAAGCCAGCUCCGUAAAGAAAGAGUCUAUCCAGCCUUAAACUCAAAGCCAUCCAACAUGAGCCACACCCGAUCACUGGACCUGGUCCUGGACCUUGUGGCUCAAUGGGAGCAAAUCCCUGCAGCAGGUUCAGCAUCUGAUGGAAAGAGCUGAAACCAGAAGACUGGAGGCUGACAGGCAGCAGAUCAACCCUCCUGCUGUCCUCCGGUCAAUUUGACCCCUUUAAAAAAUGUCUAUAUCCGAAAUAUGGGUUUAUUUUUAACCAUAUUACCAC